UAACACUAUGUCAUUUAGUAUUAAGAUUAAACAAUUAAUAGGCCCUACCAGCCAAUUACAGUUGUUCGCUGUUGUUGCUGCCGUCCUGAAGUGUUCUUAACUGAUAUUCAACAUGCUGAACAAUAUUAUAAAUUUUGCCAAUUACUGGUGGUUCCGCUACUUAAUGGUGACCGAACUCUAUGUAGUUGAAAAAUGGGAGCGUGUAGCGAUACACGUCAUCUUUAUGGUCCUAUUCUGUGUGUUCUGGUAUUUCAAUUAUUCCGUACUGCUGUCGGUGACUGGAAAUCUAUUUGGCUAUACGCCGAUGGGAAAUAUUUUGCCCGGAGUGCAACAGGCAGCUGGCAUCAAGGUCACAUAGUGGCACGGAACGUCCUCAUCACUAGCUUAUUUUCCAUUUUUUGCAAAUCUUAACUAGUUUUCUUAUAAUUCCGAUUUAGAUUUACAAUGUUUAAAUUCAGAAACUCGUUAUGAUCGUUAUUAUCGCUCGCAUAAGCUUAUCUGUCUGUAAAUGUGACUAGGCUCUCCUUUGAUAGACCGAUCCUCAUCGAUAUAUGUAACCCAUUCGAGGGGUUUUUCAACUGUUUCUGAAGCUCUCAUUUCAAAGUAACUAGGCUAAUGUAGAUUUAAGAUAUAGUUUUGCACGUUCAAAUAAACCUAUCAAGUGUUUAACAUUAUAA